UUUUUUUUCAUUUCUUUUUUUUUUUAUUUAUCUCUUUAUUUCUCUUACACAAUUUUUUUUUGGUUAUUUACAAAUGGAGGAUACGAAUUCCAAUUACACUUGGAUCCUGUUAGUUGGUGUCGUUGUCUUUCUGUUUGUUAUCGUCGUAUUAUUAUGCUUUACAAAAGCAAGCGGAGAACGAUUAUUUUAUACUGGGGAGGAUUCAAUAUUCGAAGAAACUAUUGUUGAAACACCUGCCAUGAUGGCUACUCUAUCCCCAGAUGCUCGUCUAAGUUAUGAACAGGCGAAAGCAUAUCAGCAAAGACACCCUCCAGAGAGUGUACCCACUGAUAUCACCUUAUCUCAAUAUGUCAGUAUACAAGAAAAAGGUAUUGCCGCAUUCGAAUUUGAAUGGGACAUGGAAACUCAAAGUUUCGUGUCUGCCAGAACUGAGAUACAGUUUGUAUCUGGAGAAUCAUGUGUACAAACAAAUUUGCCUCUGCCAAGGAAUCAAGAAGUUUAUUACUGGGAAGCAAAGAUGUUUGAAAAGCCAGUAACUACGACAGUGUCUGUAGGUGUAGCAACGAAACCUUACCCAUAUUGGCGGUUACCUGGUUGGAACAGACACUCGGUUGGAUAUUUUAGUAAUACUGGAAAUAAGCACUUCAACAACCCUUUUUCCGGUAGACCUUAUGGAUUUACGUACGAGGAGGGUGAUGUGAUUGGUGUUGGAUAUCGUCAUCGUACAGGUACAGUGUUCUUUACACGAAACGGAAGAAAGUUGGACGAAGCUUGCUUUGGAUUACGCUACAAUUUAUUUCCUACUAUCGGUGCCAAUGGGCCUUGUCAGGUUCAUGUCAAUUUAGGUCAAAUGGGCUUUGUGUUUGUAGAAGCGAAUGUAAAGAAGUGGGGAUUGGCACCAGUUCAAGGUACUUUAGCACCUCCACCUGCUUAUGGUUAUGAGGCUGGAUCCUUAUUAUUGGAAAGAGGAAGGACGGGUGAGACAAGUCACUUGUUAGCAGGAAGAAAUCACCAAACGAUGUCAUCAACAACAAGCCAUUACGGAUCAACAAAUAUAAAUAUACCCAGCAUGAAUGAACCAACCUUUAAUUAUGAUCAAGAAGACGACAAUGACGAUGAUGAUAAUACGCCCCUGAUUCAGCAAGUCAUAUUGAAUUCAUCCAUACCCAUACCUAGCCCACAACGUCCUCGGGAAGGGUUUCCUACAUAUUCGCCGCCUUCUUACUCCUCUUAUCCUAGGCUUUCUCUGUUAAUCGGCGGAGAAAACACUUGUCAAGAAGAGUUGGAAAGAAAUCGAAUGGCUGGACUGAUUUGACCUCCCAAAGCCAUGAACCAAUGAAAAAAAAAAAGAAUAUACCUUCACUAUAUUAUAUCCAAAAAAAAAAAAAAAUAUCUACUUGCAUUCAACAUCCUUCCCAAUUUUGAGUAAACAUGUAUUUCUCUCUCUAAUAAACUUUAUCUCUAUGUAA